CCUGGUUGCUUAUAUUUCGAAGAAUUAUGCUUCAGAAUGAAUCAGAAUUCCAGGCCGGAAAAUCGCCUGAUGGAAAAGAGCCACAAGGCCUUCGGCCGACGCCUGUGAAAGUCGGCAAAGAUUCACACAGGUCGAAGAAGGAGGCGGCUGCUCGCCGGCGGGCUCCUAUCAUAGUCUAUGCCGUUUCGCCAGAGGUAAUCCAUGUCAGCCCAAGUGAGUUCAUGCCCUUGGUUCAGCGGCUCACCGGCCAUUCCCCUACUUCCUCCUCUCCUGACGGGAAUCGUGGUCCGACUUCCGACAUGGCUGCCAGUCGUCAGGAGCUGUCUUUACGGGCAAAAAUCGAAGAUGGUAAUGGAGUUCAUGACCUGAACAGGACGAAUCCCGUGACAGAUCGUGCUGCUGCUGCGUUUAACCUCACGAUGUCACCAAGUCUUUCAUCGCCGCCUCCAAUUUCUCCGUCCAUCUUUCUUCCUUCACCACUUUCUAGGUUUGGUGGCUUCUUAGAUGCGCAGAGACCGAGUCUUUCUGGCAAUAAUCGUGACAGUAACUCGUUGUCAGUAGCCUUGUUGAAAGAAGGCAGCCAUGGUGGUGGUGAUCUAUGGUACCGCAGACGCGUCUAGACUGUGCUGAUCUUCUCUCUAGACCAGGUUGUAAAACUUUUUUCCUCCCCUAGCUAUCACAAGCCGUGCCAUGCGUUGACACUAUCAAGUUGCAGAUGUGAAUGAAUUGAUAGGUCUCGCAUGGAUGCUGCUGUGAAGCACUGUCGGGUUUUAUUUUGUAUCUGUCCGUUCAUGAUCUAACAAUGAUCAGCUUCGUUCUUGCUUAGUUUUGAAA